GAGGUCGCUUGAAUCUGACUCCGGUUAUCGGGUGUUAUUUAUUGUUUUGCGAUUACAAUUAUUAUUUGAAAUUAAACCAGCUAUUGAGUGUGUAAGUAAAAAGCCUUGAGAUGACGAAUGUUCGGACAUUGCUGACAUUAAACAUGCUUGUUUUCGGUUGAUAUAAGUUGAAAGCCCUCGUCCAUCAGCGAUAUGCACAUUAUAUAAACAAGUAGCCGGUGUUUCAAUGACAAGAAGAUCGGAUUAAUUUUUUUCUGUGUGUCCAACACUGAUUGUGGAAUCGAUGGAAAAACACUCACAGCGACCAAAAGGAAACAUUGAAAAUGACCGGAAUGAUCAAGUUUAAAACGAGCUCAAAAACAGUUUACUUGACGAACUGCUCACCUUUGGUGUAACCCAGAUGUUGUCAACAAAUCUGAAUGGAAACAUUUGAUCUUUUCCUAUCUGGAUUAUUUAUUGCAUGCUUGCUUUGUUGGCUUUUCGGGUUUUAAUCUAUUGUGCGGAAAUUUCCGGUUAUUUGCAGUUUGCCGACUACUACCGCAUGCAACUAAGAGGAAUUUGGACCAUCCUAAGUCUCUUCAGUUUCUCUUCAAGGGAACAACAAAGAUUUUCGAUUUGCACUUCACAGCCGGCAAAAUUCCAUUUUUGCUUGUACAAGAAGGACCGCAACCGACAAUAAAACAAACCAAUUAAUCUCCUACAAAGUAGUGAGCAACAAAGUGAAUUUUGGCUAAUCGUCGCUGAUUGCAUCGAUCGGAUCGAUCAAUUAUGAUCUUUUCAAUUUUCGUUAUGUAACUUUAAUUCGAUUACGAUCUUGUGAAACUGGCGGCGUGACAAUUGGCGCAUUUAACAUGCCUUUGCCUAAUUAAUUCGGAUCGCUUAACAGCACAAAAUCGGGUUAUGGACCGAAACGAUGCCACUGGAAGGCGUUUUCGAAUCCAAAGCGAGUUUACGCAAAUCGAUUGGACGUUUCGUCGAACAUCAAUGUCAUUUUCCCCUUUCCCAACCAGGCAUGGAGCGUUUGGAGGAACUUUUCCUUGGGGCGGAUGGGGAGUCAUCAAAAACCAGCCUCUCACUAGGCACAGAAGACGCAGCUGGACAGCUUGAAGCGCGAGCAGAAGCAUCCAAAGAGAGUGAGGAGCGGCCCCAAGCCUCUGCUGCAUAUGCGUUUAGAGAGCCGGGGAGCGACUUCAUAUUCCUGCCCAAUCGAAGCAGUGACGCCUUCAAAGGAUUUGGGGUUACGGACAACUACAGGCUGGAAACUGGUCGCCCACACCCGCAGGUAACAUUUUCCUUCACUGAAAUCGAGGAGACGCAACAGAGAAGCCCCCAAGGCUCCCUGGAGCCUUCAGUUGCCCGCGCAUCAGCCCCAAUCGUCCGAUACUCCUUCGUGAGGGAAAAGCCUUCAUGCAGCCAAGCUCAGAUCCUCACUCUAUCCCAGAACACCAUCAAAAUCAGCGAAAACAGCUGCAUGGAAGUGAAUCGCUCCCAGGACCUGGAAGAGGAGCUUUGGGAGAUGAAGCAGGGGCACAUGAUAUCCAGUGUCCUCACGCGCGCUCCGCUUGCCCCAGCAGCUGGAACGGAUCCACCCCAUCCCAGUUCAUUUUUGCAGGGCUUUAGGCCAAACCAGGAGGCGCAGGGGGAGCAGUUGAAGUGCGGCGACUUUCUGAGUCCGGUUGCAGCGGCCGAUCUGUUCAUCACCAACAUGAUCAAACGCGCAAAAGCUGAGCACCGGAAGUUGAUCGCCCUCUAUGGGGACCCGGACAGAUGGAAGGCUUCCGCCCCAGAAGUCGCCUACAAGCUGGCGCCGUCACUUUGGCCCCCCAUCGGACACUUCAGCGAGAAACUGGGGCUGUUUUGCGUUGAAAACUACAUUCUGACCAGGAGCCGGUUGCUGGAGGAUUGGAGGUACACCAUAAGCUACCAGGGAGCGCAGAGCGACUCUGUGAGCGACCAUCAUUACUAUCAGGUCGAGUUUGGAUUGCCGAGUAAACUCUAUCCGGUCCCGCAAGCGACUGCAAGCGUGCAUUUCUACAUGGAGGUGAGCCGAGUGAUUCCUCACGAAUGCCCUGUCAAGGUGUUAUUGCGGCCGGAAACAGCGCACUUCAGAAGCGAUCCACAGCGGUUUUCUUUGAACGACUACACGCUGCUAAACACGAUGAACAUGAAACUCCAUCACUUCAGGGAGCUGCAGUUUUAAGCAACUUUGGUUGUCUCGAGUUUGUAAGGGAAUAAAUUGUAACUUUGACUAAAUAUCUAUUACAGACGAUUAAAGAUCCGAAUUAUUCAGAAAA